GUUAAUGUUUGACUGUCGUGGCAGUGGCUCUGUUUGUUGCAGUCGACUACGCCCUGAGGCUCACCAAAAACAGCCACAAAAACAACCAUUUCCUCUCCGUGGAGGGGGGGCUCUUUCCCCACAGCAGUGGCUGUUCUGCGGCCCCUGCACUCGCAGCUUGGGUCUUCAGAGAGGGACACGGCAGAGCAAAGCCCCAGAGAUUCUCCAAACUCGCAGCGCUCUGUGAGAUGACAGCAUUCCCCUCCAGUUUGGCUUGCCUUUGAGAGAAUGACAUUUGUCACAGUUUGCGGGAUAUUCUGAAGUUUGCACCCGAAAACAAGGCUUUUGGAGCAGUGCUGGUUGAGUCAGAGGACUGGGCGCUUGGCACACUGCUGGCCAGCAUCCCCGCCUCGGCCCCAGCAGCAGCUCCAAUCUCCUGCUUCAAGACUGGAUUCUGUCAGGAUUUGCUGCAUCUUGCAAGGAAUGGACCUCCCUGUCGUUCAGUUCAUCACAGGACUGGCAUUCCUCAUCAAAGUGCAAGAAGGUGGAUAAGCUGAAGCUGGGAAGGACCUAAAAAAGCCUUUCUGUGUUCUUAUUUUAUGGAAUUCCCCAACCUACCUCGCAAAAUUCUCAUUUCCUUGAUCAGAAACACCUCUGGAGUUGACUUUGAGAAUGAACGGUGAUGUCCUCUAGCCCUUCGUAACAUCCUCACGAAACUGCCUGUUUCAAGUCCAAUUUCAAUGUGCUGCAGCUGACUGAGACCUCGUGUCUUCUGCAAACAAGGACUGGCAGCAAGCUGACAGAUAUGACUGUCCAGAAACUGGUAGCCACAGCUGUGUUGGUAGCCCUGGUCUCACUUGUUCUCAACAACGCCGCUGCCUUUACUUCCAACUGGGUGUACCAGACCCUGGAGGAUGGGCGUAAGCGCAGCGUGGGGCUCUGGAGGAUGUGCUGGCUGGCAGAGAAGAGCAGAGGAGGUGCAAGCACAAAUGCCAGGCAUGGGCAAGGGGAGGAGCGCGAGUGUGAAGCCCUGGGUUGGGGUUCAGAGUCAGCUGGGUUCCAGGAAUCCCGUAGCACUGUCAAACUGCAGUUUGACAUGAUGCGUGCUUGCAACCUCAUCGCCACUGUUGCUCUGACUGCUGGCCAGCUCAUCUUCGUCCUGGGCCUGAUGGAGCUGCCUGUCAUUUCCCAGGAUACCCAGUGGUGGGAGGAGGCCAUAGCUGCCGUGUUCCAACUUGCCAGUUUUGUUCUGGUCAUCGGAUUGGUGACUUUCUACCGCAUCGGACCAUACACCAACCUCUCUUGGUCUUGCUAUCUGAACAUUGGAGCCUGUCUUUUGGCCACACUGGCAGCUGCCAUUCUCAUUUGGAACAUCCUUCACAGGCGUGAGGACUGCAUGGCACCCCGGGUCAUUGUCAUUAGCCGUACCCUGACCGCGCGGUUUCGCCGUGGCCUGGAAAACGACUACGUUGAGUCACCAUGUUGAAAGCAUGGACUUGAAAGGGGAAAGAUCUCCAAGGAGAUCUGCAUUGAAGUUGUCUUCUAUAAAUAUAUGCUAUAAUUUAAAACUAAGGGUUGAAAGACAUCACAAAGCUCACUCUUGUGGGCAGAGGCCCUCAAUUAUUACUUGGAUGGGCUCCAUCUAUAUACAUAUGUAUAAAACACGUAAUUUUAUAUAUAUUAUAUUAUAUUAUAUUAUAUUAUAUUAUAUUAUAUUACCCUCUCCCUCUGCUGUACAGCACAGAAUGUUGGACUGUCAGAAUCCUGACAGGGCAUCGCAGCUACAUGUCAUCAGGGCCAGCUGUAGCAGAUGUAGAGUGUUAUGCAAUGAGAAUACAAAAAAGAGGCAACCAAACAUGUUUUCUCUGUCUGCAUAAAGUUAUCCUAAUAAUAAUGUAAAAGUCUGUAGGAGACCAGUGACAAUAGCUUCGGAGUUAACAGGCAAAAAGAAAGCAAAAAACUCACUAUAGAAUAAGUGAUGAUUUUAACAGCUAUUUAAAUUUCAUGACUCUUUAGUCCUUCCAUCCACCUCUCUUCAAGGAACUUCUCAUCAGC